AUGGCUACCACAGGAGAGAAAGGCCUCAUCGUGAGCUUCGGGGAGAUGCUCAUUGACUUCGUCCCUACAGAAUCCGGCGUCUCCCUCGCUGAAGCCCCAGGGUUUCUCAAAGCUCCCGGCGGUGCUCCGGCCAACGUCGCCAUUGCAAUCACGCGUCUCGGAGGUCGAGCCGCCUUCGUUGGUAAGCUAGGUGAUGAUGAGUUCGGUCACAUGCUUGCAGGAAUCUUGAGGGAGAACGGCGUUGAUGAUAAGGGGGUCAACUUCGAUAAGGGUGCAAGAACUGCGCUAGCUUUCGUCACGUUGCGUUCAGACGGUGAACGUGAGUUUAUGUUUUACCGGAACCCGAGUGCCGACAUGCUUCUCCGACCAGACGAACUUGACCUCGAACUAAUCAGAUCUGCCAAAGUGUUUCACUAUGGAUCAAUUAGUUUGAUCACUGAGCCAUGUAGGUCAGCUCACUUGAAGGCAAUGGAAGUGGCCAAAGAAGCAGGAGCUCUUCUUUCCUACGACCCUAACCUAAGGGAACCUCUUUGGUCAUCGCCUGAAGAAGCUCGGACACAGAUCAUGAGCAUCUGGGACAAGGCUGAGAUCAUCAAAGUCAGUGAUGUCGAGCUUGAGUUCCUCACUCAAAACAAAACGAUUGAUGAUGACUCAGCCAUGUCUCUAUGGCAUCCCAAUUUGAAGCUCUUGCUUGUUACCCUCGGCGAAGAUGGAUGUCGUUACUACACUAAGAAAUUCCAUGGAGCUGUUGAAACUUUUAAUGUAAACGCGGUAGAUACUACUGGGGCUGGAGAUUCCUUCAUAGGCGCGUUUCUAAGCAAGAUUGUUGAUGAUCGAUCUAUUCUCGAGGAUGAAAAGAAACUGAGGAAAGUGCUGAGGUUUGCAAACGCUUGUGGAGCCAUCACGACUACCAAGAAAGGAGCCAUUCCAGCUCUUCCUUCAGACAGUGAAGCUCUCAGCUUUCUUAAGGACAAUCUGAAACGUAGUAACAACCCUUUUAAGGCCAAAAAAUUGCGCUUCUUGUAUUGUAGUAACUGCUGA